AUGUCAAACAAUCUGAUAUCUGUCCCCUGCUUUGAUUGCACUUUUUCCGAAUGUUUUAACAAUGCAGAAUCAUUCCCAGACGUUAUCUUUGAAACAUUGGAAGGUAAAAUCUAUGCACACAAAUUCAUGCUCUAUCAAAAUCGAUAUUUUAAGAAUUUAUUUGAUGUUCAUGAGAAGGUUCUUACUCCGAGAGGAUCUUCAUCAGGAACAGUAUCCAAUUCAUCAAUUCUUACAAUUCCCAUUCAAGAACCUCUCAAAAUAUUCAAAAGUCUCAUUGAAUACUUUUACUCUGGAGUUGUCAAUUGUCAAGUGAAUGAUUUGAGUGAAUUUAUAAUGAUGGCCUAUCGUUUCAAGAUUAUCAAUUUGAUAACAGUAUUGAAAAAGAUAUUGAUGGGAGAAGCUGCUACACAAAUCAUUGCCAAAACUAAAUUUGAAAAGACUGAAAUUCUCAAUCUUCCAGAAAAUACCAAAAUGACAAUGGAAAAUGCUCUUUCUCUAUUUGGAGAAGUUUGUGGAAAUUCAGUGUUAGAAACAACAGUUUUUAAAACUGAAAUUACAUUGGCAAAGAGGGUCAUUCUGAAGAGUGUUUGCUUUUCAUUACUGUUUAGUAGUAAUACCACUAUUGAGAAAAUGUUAAAAUUUUCAGUCAACUCUAUGAAUGAACUUUUACUGUUGAUUGCUGAACAUUUGGAUUUGAUCAAAGCUGUACAGAAAUACCUAGUAGAUGUUUCAAUUAUUAACACACCUCUCAAUAUGAAAGAAAUUAUCAAAUUUACACUCAAAUGGAUGUGUUACAUGAAGUCAGAUCGUUUAAUUAGCAUUUCAGAUUUGUACGAAACUUUAAAUGCAAUUGAAAAAUCUAUUCAGCAACCUAAAGAAGUUGCCGAAUUUAUCAAAUCCAUUGAGGUGAUGAGAAAUAUGGCCUCAAAGAACCAAAACAAGCAUCAACAUGCAAACUCGGAUACCUCUGAUCAUCAAAAUGCAACAGAGAACGAUGAUUCGAAUAAUAGAAAGAGAGUAGGUUCAACACUUGUAAAACUAAAAUCCAUGUACUCAUCCCCUUCUCAAAAGAAUUCAAAAGAUGAAGAGAGUGGUGGUGGAUUAUUGACAACAAGUGGAAUUCAAAUUGUACGUGAGGAAGAACCAGCUCAGGAACAGUCAUCUCUGAGGAGAAUGAAACGAACUUCAACAUUCAUUCAACCAAAAGUUAAUUAUUAA